AGUAUUUUUUUUUAGUUUUGUUACUAAGGUGUUUUCAGUUUGCCUGAUCGAGCCAAAUUAAACUGGCAAUGUGCAGUCUCGAAACCUGCAAAUGAUGCUGCCAACCCUCAAGGAGAUACUGGACAAGGUCCAGCUCCCUCGCCGGCCGGGGAAACAUCUCCUGACGGCGGCCGACCUUGGCUGCUCUUGCGGGCAUAACACGCUCAUCGUCGCCGAUGCGAUCGUCGAACACAUGACCAGAAAGCUGCGCAGCUGCAUCUUCGACGACCAAGAUGACGGUGACGCCGCUGAUCCAGAAUUCUGCUUCUACUUCUCCGAUCUCCCCAGCAAUGACUUCAAUACCCUCUUCCACCUCCUCCCGCAACACGCUACUGCUGCUGCUGGCGACGGCAGUGAGCGGCGCUACUUCGCUGCCGCGGUGCCUGGAUCGUUCCAUGACCGUUUGUUCCCCAAGCGAUCCAUCAACGUGUUCACCUCCACCUUCUCUUUGCACUGGCUCUCACAGGUCCCGGAAGGUGUUGCUGACAAGCGGUCAGCGGCGUACAACAAGGACAAGGUGUUCGUGCACGGGGCCUCGCAAGCGACGGGCGCGGCCUACCGGCGGCAGUUCCAGUCCGACAUGGCGCGCUUCUUGCGGUGCCGCGCCACGGAGCUGAAGGCCGGCGGCGUCAUGUUCCUCGUCUGCCUCGGCCGCCCGUCACUGCACGCCUGCCCAACAAACCAAGGCCGCGUCCAGCUUCUAUACGGCGCCAUGUUCGAGGAGUCGUGGGGUGACCUCGUCGAGGAGGGGACGAUCGGGCGCGAGACGAUGGGCAGCUUCAACGUCCCCGUGUACGCCGCGACGCUGGAGGAGUUUGGGGAGGCCGUCGGCGCCGACGGAUUGUUUGAGAUCAACCGGCUGGAGCUCGUAAUUACGAGCCCUCUCGCUGUGGACGACCCCAUCAGAGACCGCCGCGCGGUUGCGAACUACGUGCGCUCGCUCCUCGGGCCGCUCGUCGACGCGCACGUUGGCAGGGCGGUGGCUGACGAGAUUUUCGUCCGGAUGCAGCGCCGCGCGGAAGCGCGUGCCGAGGAGCUCGUGGACGAGAUGCGUUUCCCCCAUAUUGUGUGUUCCCUUUCGCUGGCGUGACGGACGGGUAUUACGUGCGUAUAGACGGUGUAAUAUGAAGACGUACUGGAUGUAUUUUACGGGAAAGUUUUAUAGCUCUUGGUCAUAAUGUCCUGUUUCGUUAUGAAAGAAUAAAACUGUUUGGGCCAACAAUGAAGUAAUUUAUAUUUUUC